UCUAAAAGCCCCAUAAACCCUUGGAAGUUGGAACACUGAUCAGUGGCUCCUCGUCCUGCUCUUCCCUCUCCUCCUCGGGGCUGAAGAACAAGGCUAGAAGGCUGUUGCUGGCAUCUAAUGUGACAGCAAAGAUGGCAUCCUUUUCCAAAACCCUAACAAGGCUCCGUCCUGCUGGGGCCCUCUAUUCCUUUUCCAACCAACUCCUCCCGCCAAAGUAUUGGGUGCCACCUGCUUCCUUCUCCACCGCUGCUGCUGUCUCCUCUUCCCAAUCUCAUGAUCAAGAGAAAGGAUCAACGUGGUCAAGAUGGUUUCUUUUCCUUCCUGGAGCUAUCACUUUCGGCCUUGGAACUUGGCAGAUUUUCAGAAGGCAAGACAAGAUAAAGAUGCUGGAGUAUAGACAGAAGAGGUUGCAAAUGGAACCUUUGAAACUAAAUAACAUGCCUCCUUCGAGUGAAAACUUGGAAUCUUUGGAGUUUAGGCGAGUUGUAUGCAGAGGAGUUUUUGAUGAUGGAAGGUCAAUCUAUGUUGGGCCCCGUUCUAGAAGCAUUUCUGGAGUGACUGAAAAUGGCUAUUAUGUCAUUACACCCCUGAUGCCAAUUGCUAACAAUGCUGAGAGUGUGCAGGCACCAGUUCUUGUAAAUAGAGGAUGGGUCCCACGCAGCUGGAGAGACAAGUCUUUUGAAGUUCCACAAGAGAGGGAGAAGUCUUCAAGUAUAGAAGCUGUUCCUGCCCAACAGAGUGAACAAAGCUGGUGGUGGCAGUUUUGGUCUAAGAAGCCAAAAGUUGUUGAGGAUCAAGCCCCUGCUAUUACUUCUAUUGAAGUUAUUGGAGUUGUCCGUGGUAGUGAGAAGCCAAGCAUAUUUGUUCCAGCAAAUGAUCCAAAUUCAAGACAAUGGUUCUAUGUUGAUGUUCCUGCAAUUGCUGUUGCUUCUGGGCUUCCAGAGGAUUCUCUCUUAAUUGAAGACAUCAAUGAAAAUGUUAAUCCGAGCAAUCCUUACCCUGUUCCAAAGGAUGUCAAUACCUUGAUUCGCAGUUCAGUUAUGCCACAGGACCAUCUAAAUUAUACCUUGACAUGGUAUUCUCUGUCUGCUGCUGUUACAUUUAUGGCUUUUAAGAGACUUAAGCAAAAAAACAGUAGGAGAUAGCAAUCAUUACUCUACAAGGUUUAAGUUUUUCCUAUGAUUCUUGGUUUGCAUUCAAGGCCCUGUACAACUGAACAAGCAUCAAAUCUUUGAGGUACAUUCUAUUUGGUUUUCAUAGAUGAAUCUUUCUCAGAGUAGAGCUGAAUGCCAACCAGUUCCUGAUCUGGACAAAAGAUCAGAUGAGGUUUGCUACAUUUUAUUUUUGCAUUAAACAAAAAUAUACUGUGCACUUAAAGUUACUUUAUUUUUUUUUUCUUCAAGUUCAAUUCUAGGAAAAGGGGAAAGAAAAGAAAGGAAAAAUGAAGAGGAAGAGUGACAUUUUUCUGGUUGGAUAAAAUGUAUUUUGGGUUUUCAAGUCUUUUCAGAUUUGAGAAUGUCCUGUUUGAGCACCAAUGGUGUGUGUAGCUUCAAAAUUGGCAAUGGAUGAUGUAUCAUUAAGUUAAGCUGUGUAUUUCUGGAUAAUGUUUUUGGCUUAUUUAUACAUUUAUUAAUUCUCAAGUCCUUGUUGUCAAA